AGAAUUGGUGUUUUGUUGAUAUUGCGACAAAAGGAGCACAGUAUUGGGUGGCUUGAGCAGGGGUUUUUUAUUAUGGACUUCCCGCGUCCUUUUGUUGGUUUAAAUCUGAAGAUGGACAUUGUUUUGGAGUAGUCAAUGCUUGAGGCGGAGUAUUGCCUACGGCGGCUGAGUUCGUGUCCGGAGAAGAUUACCAUGUGGCAGGCGGUCGCCUCACUCAGGUGUAACCCGCUUUUGAGCUUCGAUUACAGAUCGUCGAUCCACAUAUUCGUUUAGCGGUUAUGAGCACCAUCUCCCUCUCCCAAGGCAAUUGUUAAUAUGAGGACCCAGUGGCAGCUGCUGGCCUUCAUGUGGAUAUGCGGCGUCCACAGUUGUGCUGGUUCCCCACCCCACCGAGGUACAGGUUUCGUAACUUUCAACUCGUCAGAGAUUCUCUUGGGGAAAGAUGUCGGUCGCCGGUGGCUGCCGCGUGCGCAGCAGGAAUAUCUGUCGCCUCCGCAUGCGGUUGCGUUCGUGCAAGUGACAGAAGAGAGAAGGGGGAGGAUUGGGAAUCUCCUACAAAGAGCGGCGGAUUUCAUUACAAGAAGGAAUCUCGUGACGGAAGAGGAAACACAGGCAGCCAUUGAUGAACAUGUCAGGACGAAGGACGGAUUGAAUUUAGGCAUCCUCAGCUGCACCUCGUAUCCUAGCGAGAGAACUCGCAAGAAAGUGGAUCGGUUCUGCAAUGAGUUUCCCCGCGGAAGCCAGCUCAUCAGCCUCUGCCAUAGGCUUGAGCAUUGGCUUCUUCAAAAGUUAGACCACCUGAAGACCAGUUGCAAGAGCGGCGUUGCAGAAUGCCUGCAGCAACUGCGCUUACCCUUGACGCAGACGGCCUUGGUAGGCCUCUACAGUGACGAGGGUGAUGAUGAGUUGUACAAACUCCGUCGCCCUGACCUGCCACAGGUAGAUCUCUCUGUUCUGUACAGUGGUGAAGACGCUGUUUCUCCUCUCUUUAAGGAGACGGUCGGGGCAUCUUUCAGCGUGUCCGUCUACGGCCAAGAGAGGGUCGAGGGCAUUGUCAGCGCCAAACAGGUGUCGGCUCUGCCGCCAGAACGGCGACACCGACUGUUGCUGAGCCUUCUUGCCUAUUUUCUACUCGAUUUGCGAAGCAUUCCACUAGUUGAUCCAAUGCUGAUCACCCUUCUACUACGGUUAACCACGAGCGGUUGCGGCAGAACGGAAAAGCGGAAAGUCGAAGUCGAAGCAAGAGGCAGGAAAAGACCUAUCAAAGUGAAGGGAAAGCGCGUAAUGCUCGUCGCCUGGUCCGAGCUUAUCAAGCACAUGGUCGGAAUCGGAGACUGUUCAUCCUUCUCUUCGGCCCCUAACUGCGUCCUUUUAACGACCUUUCUGCAUUGGCAGCAGCAGGUGACUGAGCAACUGAAUAAGGUAUCUGUCGGGCAAGGCGACGAAAGAGAGGCUGACCCUAAAGGUGACACGAAUGCUGCCGAACACACCCAGGCCGAUGAAAAACUCCAUAAACUGGCGGCCAAAGUCCUACGGCGCGUUGAACGCACACUCCUUCUCGUGAACUCAAUGAUGCAGAUAAAGUUCAAGUGGCUCAUUAACUUCCUUGGGAAUCACAAGUCGUCGCGGAAUCUGCUCCUGAAAGUGGCUAAAAAGCUGGCCAAUAAAACCUUCGGAUUGAGUACAGUGUCAAGGAAAGCUGAAAAGGAUGCGAAGAAGCUUGCGAUGCCUCUUGCAGCCCGAUAUGGUAUCGUUCUGUUCUACAAGGUGCAAAAGGAGGGCGAAGUUCUUGUUUCAACAGGGAAACAAGGUUUGGGAAAACUGGUGGGUCAGCUGGUCCGCACGACAUUGAAGCAAAUGUGGGGAUUAGACACAGACAUCAAAGCCAAGAAGCGCAACGGACAGUCACUGAUACAGAAAGCAUCAAAGGCGUCUACAGUCGUCAGCUUUAGGAAGAUGUUGCAGGCCGCUGGAAAACCCGUAGGAGUGAGGUGGAUCCCUCGUCAUUCACUGCACUUCCCUUGCGACAGCCGAUUUGUAAGACAGAUGAAGGCUUAUAUCUUUCCAGGGAAUUUUUCACACUGUGACGAAGCCCACAUAUCUCUCAUUCAAACUGGAACAGGAGGCUUGUCAAAGAAGUUAGUUACCGGAGGAGCUGGACUCGUCGCUAUAAUCUUUGGGAUUUCCGGUGUGGUGUCUGGAGGGAUAUCCAUGAUAUUCCCUGCCUUAUUUAUUAUUGGGGGUCUCUGCCUCUGUCUUUACAGUGUCAUUUCCUCGCUGCAGGACCUCGGCAUAGUGCCUCGUCUCGGUGACCACCAGUCGGCGGGAACAGAGGACCAUGAACCCUUAGAGGAGGGAGAUGAGUCUCCCGAUGAGGAAUUAAUCGGAUGAUUGGAAUUGUUGAUAGGUGUAAGAUUGAAUCUGUGCGUUAAGUCCUCAAAGGACAGAAUGUCUUUUUCCGAAUGAUGAAAGGCACGCUUCAUGAUCUGGAUGGAAUAAUUCGUACGGACAACUUGCAGGACUGUGACCGGCAAUGUCUUCAUCCAGCAUGAUCUGAUGCCUCGUGAAAACAAUGGAUUUUUUAGGUCGUGUUUGAUGGGGUUUUCAGUUCUAAGAAGCCUUAAGAGAACUGUUGACGGCCGCGAACAUGACCAGCGCCAUUUGGGGGGUCGUAGUGUUUUCGUAGCUCCCGUCCAGCAUGAAAUCCCGAUUAAUUUACGAUGUGUACAUGCACAAUCCCCGACGGAAGAUCAGGACGGCGUGCCUGUUAAAACUGGAGUCGUUUUUGUAUGUUUCUGAGCCUGACCUUCCGUCCGAAUUAAACACGCCUUGGGGCAGGUGCAGAGCCGUUUGUGCCCCUUCACUGUCUCCGGCCUAUUGUCACGACAAUCGAGCGCCAGGUGUUCGCCAUUCUGGAACACUUAUGGCCCUCCAUGCAUAUAUGCGAUGAUCUUGUUAUUUGUCUCUCUACGGCCUGACUUGACGCUGAGUCCCAAAACUCGUAUGAGUUUACUACAGCACCCUCUAGCCACGCGUGGCUUUCUCGUUGGUAGGCCGUCAGAGGUCAGUAGUUCUGUUAGCAUUGCAGGUUUAUGUUUGCUUCUACCUCAGUUUUGUGAAUGCCUUCAACGUACUGCUACUUAAUGCAUUGACCUGCCUGUUUCACAGUGAAACGCCAUGUGGGUUGGCACCACCACAUGUUUGAGGCUUAGAACAGCGCGUGAAGUGUACAUCUACAAUGUGCAACAAAAAGCGCCCGCCUGACUUCUACUUGCCUGAAUUUUGAAAUUUCGUUCUUAAGUGGAGGCUUCAGAACACACGGUAAUCAUUUGCCUGCUACUUCUGGCUACUGCGCUAUUAUAGCUCAUCGUUUCUGCCAUUCAGAGCUGUCUUCUGAGUCGGCUUUAAGCACACCAUUCAGCCCGCUUCAUCCAUUAUAUGUUAUGCUUGUUCUGUCCAGAACUAUCCCUACAUACUUUUGUUUUUUCUAAACUGUGUGCCUAGAAUGAACCGAACGUAUUGGCACGGCUUCGGCGAGACACGUCGAUACUUUGCAGAAACGAAGAAGAGGGAGAACCGGACAAUCUGCAGAGAAGCAAGAUCGUAUCAGCUUACUGUAAUUUCACUUUACCCGCGGCAGCGCCUUCACAAGUGAACGUGGUCGUUGGCAUCCAUCUGAACCUUCGACUGGAUUCGCUCCAAAAGGAUUUCAAAUUCUAAGGUGGACUUCAUACAACACAGGUCUAAGGAGACAACAGGCUUCUCGAGUACACUGUGCGUUUUUCUCGUCUCUAGGAUUGAGAGUUUUUGCAAUCGCUGUACGCGUUGAACAGUCAAGGUUCCGCAUGAUCGGAAUGCAUGCUGCAAUUUGCAAACGCGACUUGCAUAUGCGAAGGAAAUUCCUGUCGCAUUAAGCAGUGUUCUGGGUCACUGCAUUCAUGCGACCAGGUGCCGUUGCAAAACCAGACGUAUUUACAGAAAUGUGAGCCUCAGAAUGUGGCACCGGUCGUCAAGGUCGCGUUGUGGAAAAGCUACCUCCACGUGAGGCAUGAAGCUCACUUGAACUACAUACUGGGUUUUGGCUAAAGCUUCGCCGGACCAAGCCAGAAAAGGCACAUCUCAUUAACUUACACGGUGACUGGAGCGUAGGAACCUGAU